AUGAAUUCGCCUCAACGGCGGGUCAAGAACUGCAACCUCCUUAACCGGUAUUUGUGCAAACUGGCCGGGAUGCUGGCAUAUCUCCGCCCAGCACCUCUGCCUACGGGAAUGGCAGAGGUGGCCGAGCAGGGCAAGGCGAGUCCUAUAGACAGUCUUGCAGACUGGGCAGGCGCCGCUCGCAGCAGCGGAAAAUCUUUGAGGGCACUUCUAGCCGUGCUUGAUCUGGCGGUCUUGGACAGCGGUGCUGUGCGAGCUGCUUGUGGGUGUGCAAAGCCACGCCGCAAUUAUCGCAUCGAAACUUCCGACUCGCAUCACCAUCGUCCAAGCUAG